GGAUAAUGAUGAGACAGCAAAAGAAGGGAAGGCACCUGUGAAAGAGAAGUAUGUUGCAAAGCCGAAGGCAAUCCCUUCUCUUGGAAACAAGAAUAGAUUCCACCCCUACUCAAAGGAGAAGAAUGCAGGCACUGGAGACAAGAAGGCUAUUAAUCGUAAUAGAGUUUUCAUUAGCAACAUCCCAUAUGACAUGAAAUGGCAAGCUAUUAAAGAUCUUAUGAGAGAGAAAGUUGGUGAGGUUACAUACGUGGAGCUGUUUAAGGAUGCUGAAGGAAAAUCAAGGGGUUAUGGUGUGGUUGAAUUCAAAGAUGAAGAAUUUGUUAAGAAAGCAUUAGACACUAUGAACAAGUAUGAUCUUAGUGGAAGACCCCUGAAUAUUAAAGAGGAUCCUGAAGGAGAACAUGCUCGUAGGGCACUGCAGCGUGUAGGAGGACAGUUUCCAGGAGGACAUGGACCUGAUGCAGCACCAGGAAUAAUGAAUUUACCACCUUCUAUUCUCAAUAAUCCAAACAUUCCUCCUGAGGUUAUCAGUAACUUGCAGGCAGGCAGGCUUGGGUCCACUAUUUUUGUUGCUAAUCUUGACUUUAAAGUUGGCUGGAAGAAACUGAAGGAGGUGUUCAGCAUUGCUGGAACUGUAAAACGUGCAGACAUCAAGGAAGAUAAAGAUGGCAAGAGUCGAGGAAUGGGAACAGUUACUUUUGAACAAGCAAUUGAAGCUGUUCAAGCAAUAUCAAUGUUCAACGGGCAGUUCCUGUUUGAUAGACCCAUGCAUGUGAAAAUGGAUGACAAAUCAGUUCCUCAUGAAGAUUUCCGUGUUACGGACAGCAAAAGUUCACAAUUACCUCGUGGUCUUGGUGGCAUUGGUAUGGGACUUGGACCAGGUGGACAGCCCAUCAGUGCUACACAGUUGAGCAUGGGUGGUGGAAUGGGGAGCAUGGGUCCAGGAGGUAUGGGAAUAGACGGCCCAGGCUUUGGUGGAAUGAGUAGAAUGGGAGGCGGACUUGCUGGAUUUCGUGGAAUGGAAGGAAUGCCUAAUAUGGGAGGAUUUGGAGUCAACAGAAUGGGAGAAAUGUUCCGUGGUGGAAUGGGAGCAAACAUGGAGAGAGAAUUUGGUCGUGGUGAGAUGGCACUGAACCGUGGUUUUGGAGAGUCUUUUGGAAGAAUGGGUGGUGCAAUGAUUGGUGUUUUUGCAGGAGGAAUGGGAGCACCUAGCAUGGGCCCAGUAAGAUCUGGAAUGAGUGGUGGAAUGGGUGGUAUGAACAGUAUGGCUGGAGGAAUGGGAAUGGAUCGGAUGAGUUCUGGCUUUGAUCGAAUGGGACCAGCCAUGGGUGGAGGUCUGGACAGGAACAUCGAUAUCGAUCGAGGAUUUGUGCCUGGCCCAAUGGGAAGUGCCAUGAGAGAGAGAUUAGGCUCUAAAGGCAACCAGAUAUUUGUGAGAAAUCUUCCUUUUGACUUGACUUGGCAGAAGCUAAAGGAGAAAUUCAGUCAGUGUGGUCAUGUAAUGUUUGCAGAAAUAAAAAUGGAGAAUGGAAAAUCAAAGGGCUGUGGAACAGUCAGAUUUGACUCACCAGAAUCUGCUGAAAAGGCCUGUAGGAUAAUGAACGGCAUCAAAAUCAGUGGCAGAGAAAUUGAUGUCCGCUUGGAUCGCAAUGCAUAAUUUCAGACUGUGUGUUCAGGAACAUUCCUAUGUCUGUUUAGCUUCUCUAUCCUAGUAAGUCAUUUUUAGUAACAUUGUAUGCUUACAAAAGCUGUAAAAAGGAACUUUUAAAUCCCACCAGCCUUUAACAGUAUAGUGUUUAAUAUACUGUGAUACUUGUUAACUGAAUCUUACUAUGUUUGGUUUUUAAAGACAAUUUGCCUGAUUUUUGUUGCUUUUUUAGAGGCACUGAGCACCUGCAGGUCCCUGUCGACCGUGGAGGCUUUGGAUGCUCAGCGCCUUUGGAAAAUUAGGCCAAGUGUCUCUAGUCAUUCAGUUUAAAUGAAUGGUUAUACUGUUUUUAAUAAAAUAAGCCAUUUUCUCUGUUAAUCUCAAGAUUGCAUAGUGGGAUUUGUUUAGCAUUUUCUGAUUUUUAUUUUUCCCCUUCAGUGUGUACCAACAUUGUAAUGUAAAAAGUAGAUGUCUUUUUUUCAGAAUUUUGGUUUUAUAUGUGCAUUGUAGUCAUACUGUAAUUCUUGACUCUAACAGAAAGGGCUCCAAUUAGGCUGUGAUGUUUUUGUUCUACUUAAUAUUACUUUAAUGACAUGACUUAGUUCUGUAUAUAAGAUUUAGAGCCCAAUGGGAGUUUGGAGUUGGUUUUUUUUUUUAUUAUUUUAUUUUAUUUUGACUAAAUGAAGAAACUGAUCUUUUUCUCCUGCUUUUAUUUUUUUCAUCAGUAUAAUCACUGAUUAAAACUAGUUACCACAGACCCUUGUAGGAUUGUUUCCUAUGAUGCCAAGUUCAUAUAAAAUUGAUAAUACAGUAAAUACUAAGUACAGUACAAGACAAAUUGUUCCCAAUUUUUUAUCUAUUUUCCAGCCAUUCAGGUGAACUGCCAGAAAAAUAAAAACAACAGAACAGAUAAGAGAAAUGGCUGUGUAUGUCAGACCACUGCUGUUCACUUCUAUGGGUCCUGAUGUAUUUAUGAAGGCAGUUUUUAUAAACCAGGGUAUUCCCAAGCAGAGCAUGUCAAAUACAUUGGAUCCUACAAUGUUAGACAUAGCCAUGUCUCCAUUUCCUGUAAAAGAAGAAAUGCAAAUAAGUCUGCUUAAUUGUAUUGUAUGAAAUUGCCAAACUCUUUUGGAGGAACAGACUGUCAGCCCUCAGUUUCUCACAGAGCAUCUUUUCAGACUUUGCAUCAAAAGAACUAUAGUCACAAUUUAAUGGAACAUGGUUUUGGGUACCACAGGCAUAAAAAGCAUCUCACUCACCAGCACCUGCACAGUUGCACUUAAAAUAAGCUAGACAGGCUAUUACAAUGUCCAGUCACAUGUAAAACACCAAGACCUACUGUUGUGUUCUGCAGUAAAACUGUAACACUUGAUUAACAGCAAAUCAAAACAAUCUACAGUACUUCUCUGAGAUACUCUGAGAGGUUUUUAAAUGUCUGAGCCACAGCUUUUUCAGGUAAGCUAUUUAUUUAUUGCUAGUUAAGUUAAGCUCUAGAAUCUGGAGCACAGAUUUUGAAGUUACUCCUUGAAUUUCUGGAAAUGCUGACUAGAAUUCUUUUUUUUCAUAGUACCUUUUAAACACGUCCAUUGGCAUGAGCCUAAAUAGUAAAAGUGUUACCUUUUCGAGCCACCAGCACACUUGCCACUGUAUCUGGUACACUUGUUCCUGCUGCUAGUAAUGUGAGACCCAUUACUGACUCUGGAAUUCCCAGUGUUUCACCUGCAGUUGAUAAACAAUGAUAGAAAAUGCAAGUAUAUUUUUAGUUAGGUUUUAUCCAAAGAAAAGUGCUUUGGACUUUGCUGGAGAAAGGAUUAGUAGUUAUACAGUAAUUUCAAAUGGAAUAUGUCAGCUAAGUUGACUGAAUAUGAAGUGACUGAACCACAAAGUAGUUAAGAAUGACAAGAAAGAAAUAUCA